AUGUCUAUCACUCCAUCGAGAUUGGAUGUCCAAGAUUCAUAUUACUCCAAGGAUGAGAUUGAUGAUUACCGUUCGAAAUUGAAUAUUUUGCAUCAACAACUUGAAACGUACUGGAAAUUUGAGGUAGUCGAUGAGCUUUUCAAGCAAUCUUCACCGGAUACUGAUGACACCACUUUUGACUAUAUGAAAGAGAAUUUUGGCCGGAUGCACUCUUGGGAUACGAUUUAUCAGAGAAUAGAAGAGUUGAACAAGAAAGGUGGACCGAACGAGUCCUACAAGCUAUUGUUUCUUGCUAGGCAUGGCCAAGGAUAUCAUAAUCUAGCUCACGCAAAGUAUGGAAAUGAACUUUGGGACGAUUACUGGUCUAAGUUGAAUGGCGAUGGGUCACUUACGUGGGGGCCAGAUCCACUCUUGACCGAUCUUGGUGUGCAACAGGCCAAGGAAAACCAUCAGCAAUGGAAAAUCGAGAUUAAAGAACAUGGGGCUAGGGCUCCAACAAGAUGGUUUGUCUCCCCCUUAAGCAGAUCCAUCGAUACGUUAAUUUAUACGUGGGAUGGAAUUGUAGAUGUCAAAAAAGUCGAGCCUUAUAUCAUGGAGAAAUUGAGGGAGACAGUCGGCAUUCAUACGUGCGAUAAAAGAUCUACUAGAUCUAUAAUUCUGAACAAAUAUGAAGAUCAAGGACUUACUAUAGAGCCUGGAUUUGCAGAAGAGGACAUCUACUUUAAGACAGACUAUAGAGAAACAUUCGCAGAGCAUGGCAUUAGAAUGAACAAGGCUUUGCAAGAGAUUUUCGAUGCAACACAAGACGACUCAAUCCUCAGUCUUACGACUCAUUCAGGAUCCAUAAGAACUCAAUUACUAGUACUCGGACAUCGACCAUUUGCAAUGGGCACCGGUGCGAUGAUACCGCUUGUAGUAAAAGGAACAAAGGUGAACAAAACAUCCAGUUUGUAG